AUACAUUAUAGUAAAUGAGUUAACCGGAUGGAUGCCCUCCUCCACUAUUCCGUCUCUGUUUUUGAACCGGAUCACCGCAGUCUGAGUGGUGCCCUCGGCGCUCCACGGUAUUCUCAGUCAUGACCUCCCAACGCCUCUUGAUUUCAGUGAAUGGGAUUUAUCGAUAGUUGACUCGUUUGCGUUGAUCUACGACGCAUUGUUAGGCUCAUCAUCUUUCUUCAUGACUAAGCGUGAGAAGGUUUAAUUUUGUUCCUGGCUCCAUCUCUGAUAUAAGGUUAAGCCAAGUCAUUGACUAUCCCUAAGGCUCUCCGAUGGGCGGAACAAAGAGCAAGCCCAAAGACCCGGGUCAGAGGUCGCUGAGCCUGGAUGGCACCAUUGGCAUGGGCAGCGGGAGCGGGCACGGACACCACCUGAUGCCUGGCCCACAGACCCAGACGCCAAACCGCAGUCCGGCCGUGGGAACCAAUAGACGGGGCACCCAACCCCAAGCCCACUGUGCGGAGCUGGCUCUUUUUGGAGGGGUGGACCACUCCAACACUAUUACAUCCCCCCACAGGGGGGGACCCUUGGCAGGUGGUGUCACAACAUUUGUGGCGCUGUAUGACUACGAAUCGCGCACCGCCUCUGACCUGAGUUUCCAGAAGGGCGAGAGACUUCAGAUUGUCAAUAACACGAGAAAGUACAACUUCAGGGAAGGGGACUGGUGGCUGGCUCGGUCACUGACUACAGGAAAGAGCGGUUACAUCCCCAGUAACUACGUGGCGCCCUCUGACUCCAUCCAAGCAGAAGAGUGGUUCUUCGGGAAGAUCACGCGCCGGGACUCGGAACGGCUGCUGCUCAGCGUGCAGAACCGACAAGGGACGUUCCUGGUCAGGGAGAGCGAAACCACCAAGGGGGCCUACUGUCUGUCUGUGAUGGACUACGACAACACCAAAGGCCUGAAUGUAAAGCACUACAAGAUCAGGAAGCUGGACAGUGGCGGCUUCUACAUCACCUCGCGCACUCAGUUCACCAGCCUGCAACAGCUGGUCAUGCACUAUCGCAAGCACGCCGACGGUCUGUGCCACAUCCUCACCGAUGUGUGUCCGACGCUGAAGCCCCAGACACAGAGCCUGGCGCGGGACGCCUGGGAGAUCCCACGGCAGUCUCUUCGCCUCGACGUCAAACUCGGGCAGGGCUGCUUUGGGGAAGUAUGGAUGGGCACGUGGAAUGGCACGACGCGGGUAGCCAUAAAGACGCUGAAGCCGGGGACCAUGUCGCCUGAGGCGUUCCUAGAGGAGGCGCAGGUCAUGAAGAAGCUGCGUCACGAGAAGCUGGUGAUGCUCUACGCUGUGGUGUCUGAAGAGCCCAUCUACAUCGUCACCGAGUACAUGAGCCAAGGGAGCCUCUUAGACUUCCUCAAAGGUGAUGCAGGGAAGCUCUUGCGUUUGCCACAGCUGGUGGACAUGGCCGCACAGAUUGCUGCUGGAAUGGCCUAUGUGGAGAGAAUGAACUAUGUGCACAGAGACCUCAGGGCUGCCAAUAUCCUGGUUGGAGACAGCUUGGUGUGUAAGGUAGCAGACUUUGGACUUGCUCGUCUGAUUGAGGACAAUGAGUACACAGCCAGACAAGGUGCCAAGUUUCCCAUUAAGUGGACAGCACCAGAGGCAGCACUUUACGGACGCUUCACCAUCAAGUCAGAUGUGUGGUCAUUUGGGAUACUUCUCACUGAACUAGCCACCAAAGGCAGAGUUCCAUAUCCAGGCAUGGUGAACCGGGAGGUUCUGGACCAGGUGGAACGUGGCUACAGGAUGCCCUGUCCCCUCGACUGCCCGAGCUCCCUGCACGAGUUGAUGCUUAACUGCUGGCGACGGGAGCCAGAGGAGAGGCCCACUUUCGAGUACUUGCAAGGCUUCUUGGAGGACUACUUCACCUCCACUGAACCCCAGUAUCAACCAGGGGACAACCUUUAGGGUUUCCCGCAGGCUUGAGUGUGUGUGUGUGUGUGUGUGUGUGUGUGUGUGUGUGUGUGUGUGUGUGUGUGUGUUUGUACAUGUGCACACACAGGACGCAGGAGGGAGGCACUUCCAGUUAGGGAAAUGGUGUGUGUGUGUUUGCGUGUGUUUGUGUGGGUGAGCGAGAGAGAAUGAGUGGGUUUGGCAGAUAAACCUGAAAAAUCACGUCUGUAGUGUUGAUGGAUUGGGAAUCAGAGUUGGUUUAGGAGGAGAGGGAAUUGGCUACAUAUCCCCUUCUAUCAACCACAGUUGUGGUGGUAGAACUGUAAUCCACCUCAGACAGAGCACCUGGAUGUGCCAAAAAGACUGACGAUUACUGAUCUCGCCCCUCUCCCCUCACCAGUAUCUACGGGCCCUUUGCAUAAGCAGCCAGCAAUUUGACUCAAACUGACAGUGACGUUUAUUUGUUUAUUUAUCUUUUUUUUUUCUCCUGACCUUGGAGAUGGAAUGGACCUAAAGUAGGGGGGGGCUUCUUUCUUAUUAACUUCGACGUAGCCGCUGCUACUUUUUGUCUCUUUUUUCAUUUCUCUCUCUCUCUCUCCUUCGCCAAAUCCCGCCACGCUGUGCUACGAGCUACUUGCUUUCAUGGCAAACAUGCAGGGCAGAUGGUACUCUGAUGAGAGGUGUCACUACAGGUUCUGUGCCAUACCCAGAUAGCUGGCUGUAGGCCAGAUUCGGCUCACAAUCCAGGAACAGGUCCAGGGUCAGUCCUCGUUUGCCUGUUCUCUGGGUAUUGAUCUCCCCACUUCUCACGUCCUAUCUAUAGGGUGUGUGGCCUGUCCUCUUUUCAAAAUUUUUGUAGGAUGUAUUUUGUACUUUUCCGAAACUUGAAGCACCAACUUAGGGGUGUUUAGUGCUGCCAUGCAUUGUCGUUGUAUUGUGUUUCUGCUGCCUGAACCCUACAUAGGAACAGAGAGAUACAUGCAAUGUUAGUGUUCAGAAGGAAAAGUUGAUUGAUUCAUAUGAAGUGGUCUAUGGGGAGAGUAAAUAUAUUGUUGAUACUGUAAAUGGGAUGGACAGAAUAUGUAAAAGUAUGUGUCAAACGGAUCAUGUGCCCCAAACGAGCAUUUAUGUUAUGUUUUGUUUUUGUCUUGUUUUGUAUUAUUUUGUUAGUUUUGGAAUUUCCCUAUGUUUGUUUUCGACUCCCCUCGCCUAGCAGUGGGACACUCAGCAGUUACCUCAUGGUCACUGGGAGAAAUAUGGCCACACUGCCAAAGUCUGUUCACUGCCUUGCUCUUCGCCUUCACUGCCCACUCACCUGUCCAGAGUCUUACGUCAAAUGAAAAUACAAGCGCCAGUCUUCUCUAACAGUAGUAGUAUUAUUUGAAGACUCAUAGUUUUUAGAUGACAGAAUCAUUUAGUGUCCUUGACAAGUACAUAAGAACAAAAACCAGGCACGAAGAGUCAAAGAAACAAGAUGUUAACGAUGAUUUGUUUCUUUUCUUAAGCCUGAGAGGUAUUAUCUGCAUUACUCUUUGUUCAGUGUGAUGCCUCUUCUUUUUUCAUUUGUCUAUACUUCUGCAUCUGCCUUUUCUACAGCCUGCAUCAGCUGGUGUUAAAAUCAGAUUGAACAUAUUGACACUUUAUGCAUUACACCUGUAAUGGCAGCUCUGCAUGGGACGCAAGAUAGUAGCCUGGUAGAGCAGAAUCAGUACAUUAUCAGCUUCCCUCUAUGGUCAAGUAAUGCAUCUCCACCUCCAAAAUUCAGACGAAAAUUGAAAAAAACAAAACUACUGAUAGCCCGGUUUCUACAAUCAAGAAUUCAACUGUCAAGAACUUUGUUCUAGUGUGUCAGUGAAAGCCAUUUGUAUUUUAUACUCCUGUCUGCAUAUAUAAUCGUGUGCUUACAUGUACCUUCAGAAUUUGUCUACCCGUAUCAUAGAAAGCAUACCAUACCAUAUCUGAACCUAAACCGUGUGCAUAGACCUGUUUCACCAUGAACCCAAACUGGCCCUGGUUUGACUCUGAGGGUUCUGUACAGGAAACAGUACUGGUACAGUCCAGUAUUUCAUGAUGUAAGAAGUGCAUUCUGGGAUGUUCUGGCGUGUGUUGUGAUUUUUACUGUAUUGUGCCUGAUGUUGUCAGGUUCUGUCCACUUCAAGCCUGACAUGAUGGACAGCAUGUGAGCUGAUGUUCUCGAGACAAAAUCCUUUUGCUUUCCCUGACAAAAAUGUAGGUUUAAACCGUACAUAUGGUGUGUGUGUGUGUGUACUGUAUGUGUGAGCGUGAGCGAAAGAGUCUGAUGUUGGAUGAAUUUCUCUGAUUUGAUUUUUACUGUUCUGCAUGUUUUUUUGUUUUGUUUUUUUACACCUUAUGAUUUUGUUUUUGUUGUUUUUUUAUCAUGUGAAAUAUACAUUUGUUUUGUCUGUAUCUAGUGAUGACCAGUUUGUACUCUCCUGCUUUGGUCUCUGGACAGGAAGCAAAAUUAGGACCUGCAACUGCUUCUGCUGACUUUAUGUCCUUUUGACAAAAUAUGACAUUAGUUUAACAGUCUACUGUGAGUUCUGAAAAGCCAAAAGAGUGAGCUUUAACAUCUGUUCAUGGUACCAAAUCUAUUGCCUUCUCUAGGAAACAACGUGUGCCUACUAUUCCAUUAAAGGUACAGGGUUGAAGGCUAGAAAUACCCUCGGGCCCAUUUAUUUAUCUGUGAACGUUCACUUCUCAAUCCAUCUUGUAGAUGGCCGCCAUGCUCACCAGCUCCACAGUGUAAAGAGAUCUGGCUUUGUACAUUCUUGAGAAACAGAGUAGAAUGACUUAGGUCAUAUCAUUGAUGCAAACAUGCUAAUAUAAAUAAGAAAUAAAUUUCACACUCAAAUAGCCAGAUAAGAAAUAGUGCCAAAUGCGUAUCAUAUCAUAACUGACCCUUGGAUGGUCAACAAUAUUUUUUCAACAUGGUGCGUCUUGAGGCAAAGGAUACCAAAAUGAUUUCCCCCUCCUUUUAACAAUUCUGCAGUAGCUGUCUCCAUAGAAAAGCUGAUUCCAGCCGCACACAGAUAUCUCAUUUGUGCCUUUUUCAGAUGACUUGACUCAAAAGGAUAUCUGGAUUUAAUACAUUGUAUUGUGUGUUGCAUGAAAAUUGACAGCAGGAACAUUACUGAUUGGUUAAGUGAUCAAAGGGAUUUUCUGCAUGGAUAAAGUAAUGCUUUUAUACAAUCAGGAAGAUUAAAAUGCCUUCAAAUUAUAUGUAUGAACUGUGUAUGUCUGCCUCAAUGUGGAUAGACAGGAGUGUGUAUGUACUGUAUUAUUUUUAUAUGUCUCUGUGUCUAAAUUGUGUUCCAUAUAAGCUUCUAUCAUUUGUUCUCUGGAGACAGCUUCUUAAAUCAGAAAUUGGUUGUGAAGGACAGCUAUUCAAUAUUGGAAAACAAAUAAUGAUAAUAAUUAGUGGCUACCAUAACAACUUGCUAGAAUGCUAAACAAGACAUCCUCUGUUUUAGCCUGUUUGGAGUGUGUGGCUACUUUCUUAUGUGUACUUUGAGGUUUAAUUGAAUUUUUAGUAGCCUACGUUUCUGUGUUUCCACAUGCUUAUACAAAAUGCAUUGAUGAUACGAUACCACAUUUGUUGUUGAACAACAGAAACUGAGCAUCUGUCCAUUUCCUGUUGGCUAUACACUUCAACAAUUGGUUAAUUCUCUUGCAGUGUUGCAAAGGCAACGAUAGCAAUAAAAUAACAUGCCUGUAAGUGCAAAAAUACGAUUCUUCCAUAGCUGUUCCAAAAAGCUUGCAGGAGAUAUGGAAGCCUGCUGAAAUGAAAUGUUGGUCUUCAAACACAUUUUGGCAUUAUUUUCCCUCUGUACAUAAAUGUAGUCACUUUGGAUCCUCUAUAACUUUUUUCUGUAAAAAAAAAAACAAAAACAAACAAAAAAAAACCUUGUAGAUUUUCUUACCAACAAUUAUUCAAGUAGCAGCGUGGAAUUAGUCUUUCUUCUCCUAAGAGCCUGAUGAAAUUGUAAUUGUUGAUGCUUAAACUCACCAGGGAAGGACUUAACAAAUAGUUGAAACCAAGACGAUUUGUUUUUGUUUCAGCGCAGAAAACUUUAUUGGUCUUUCUCUGGGAGAUUAAGUCUGUUCGAGGAGGUACUUUUGUCCAUGUAGUGCUGCAGUAACAGCUUAGUUACAGGACCUGCAUUAUGUUUUAGAUUUUGGUUUAUUUGUUAGUUUUGUACAGCUCAACAAUCCAACUUCAUUUUUUUUUUUUUGUAAACCUAUGCAGUUUCUGGUCUGCUAUUUCUGUUUUCUGUAGCCCUUCUGAGGGGACAAACAAAUCAGAGAAGAAUGACGAUUUUGUAACAAUCUUUUUGUGCACCCAGAUUGGUUUGAAUCAUUGUGGAGCUCUGUUAUCUGUAAAUGUGCAAUAAAUUAUAUUUCAAGAGUGUUCUCUUUAUACAA